AGUCUGUUUUUUUUUCUUUUAUGCAAAAUGUCAAGGAAAAUGGGAUAAAGAUUUUUCUUGACUUCUGGGAACGAUAAGCUUUGCACUCCCCCAGUAUAGUCUUUGCUCUUGGUUCUUUGCUUGGGAGCGAGAACUCAUUAACCGGUAGCAGAGUGGGGAUUUGUGCGAUAUGGGACACACCACUUUGCUCGGUUUCUCCAGACGUGAAGUGCGCGGAGAACAAGGCUCUUAGGAUUUUUUGUGUCUCGUUGCUUAGUUCACUUGGUACUUAGACACCUUUUGGAAUAUUUACCUGACGACCGGUCCCGGACGACUUCCUGCCGGUCAAAGCGGGGUCGAUGGAUGCUACGUGGAACUUCCGAUCCACAAAACGAGAUGCAGCUCAGCCAGACUUACUAUGUUCUCGUCCUCCUCGCCAUUUUCUUACUGUACCUUGCUCAGCCAACGAUGUCCCAUUGCAUCCCAUGUGGCAGCGAAUGCGAUCAGUGUAAACACGGUGUCGUCACGACGAGACUGUGUGGCAUCCCGGAAUGCAGAAAGGGACCCGGCGAGAUCUGCGGUGGACCAAGCAAGAACUGGGGAAUCUGCGGAGAUGGUCUUACCUGCAAUUGUAGCCAGUGCUCCGGCUGCAGCCUGGAUACCAAUGAGUGCUUCACCAACAUGAAUUGUUUUCCUAUGCGCUCGAAGUCUCGUCGCAGCGAUUUCCUCAAUCGACUCAGCCAGAGCCUCUAAGGGGAGAGUUUAAUUAUGAUUGUCACGCCCGUACGACCCUUUAUAUAUAUAUAUAUUUAUUUAUUGUUCCAUUCCAUUGGAAAGAUCUCACUAGGUAGGCUAUCAUGAUUGUGAUUUAAUCAUCCGCUCUGAUUAAUCCCGCCGCUAUAAGUAGACUAUUUGUUAGAUAGACCUAUAUACAUAUUACGUAUAUGUAUAAGGUAGUUCAUUGUCGCUUCGUGCGUUAUACAGGCUGUGCAUUGAAGUUUCAUGCGGGCAUAAUCGAAGUUUUGCGUUUAGACUUUAUUAACCUUCGGGUCCUUAAUAAUGGCGCACUUACAAAGCUGCUUUUUCUUAGCUUUCCAAAUCCAUGUGUCCUCGUGUACUUUAUUUUUUUAUUUUUUACUUAAUUGACACGAGUCAAGGACGUGGUGUUUGAUACUGAUUUGGAUAUCUGACGAAUAGACGGACGGCUAGUGCCGUGCUGGCUUGUCAUUAAUCAGAUAAGGGGUGUUUUAAUUUAUAUACUCUGUGUAUUUUCUGGAUUAUUUUUUUUUAUAUCAUUAUACGCUAUAUUUAAAUUAUAUUAUUGCAAGCUAUACUUGGUGAACCCUGUCACUUCGAUUGGAGUUUAUUCGUAUUUAUUUUUAGCAUUUAUAUUUUUUAAGGAUUUCACGUCCUUUAUGGGUUCGGAAGUCGCAUUAUUAUUACUACGUAAUAUUUUUAUUUUCUGUAUUAGGACAUUCAGUAUUGCGAAUCGGGAGGGCAUAUUGGUGUUCUCCGUGUCGCCCCUCGCUAUUUCUUCCUUUGUUUUUGUAUAUCCUUAUAAUACUCUUACUAGUCAGCCAGUGUGCAUUUGUAAUCGACGCUACGUAGCAAUUGAAAGAAAAAGAAAGAAAAGACAAAAGGAAAUAAAAAUCAUUAAAGGAGCGGGUUUUGUCAUCGAGUGUCGUGUCGUCGUCAGUUCAUGAUUUCACUCGAAAUACGCCUUCUCUUUUUUGUAUUUAGUGUACAAGUGUAUACCAUAUGCUGUAGCAAGUUCUGCGAAUAGAACAAAUAAAAUCUUGACGUAACGAAUCUCCUGAUUCUCUAAAAAAAAAAACCACAAGUCUAUAUUUAUUUCGCGAACUCAAUUAUUUUAAAUCAACGAAUACUUUGGAUCAUCAUUUUUCGUCAUAUCUACUCUUAAAAUUUUGGCUCGUACCCCCAAACCGCAAAAGGGCGUGAGUCACGUUAAGUUGGCCGGGUGGUCUCUCAUUUUUUUUUUUUUUUUUUUCUUAAAAAUACUACAGCAGAAAUAUUCACGAAACAGGAAUGUGGAACAAGGUUCAAGUCAUUUUUACAUGAUCCAUGACGUAACGCGUCGUAUGGACAUCAUUGAGUCGACUGCGCAUGCGCAGUUACACUUCUCGUUCACCUCUGACGUCACACAAAACGUAUGAUAAAUGCAAGCGUACGUCACUUCCUAUGUAUACAUAUAUAUACGUACGUAUUAGU